AUGGAUGUGUGUUUGGUCGAUGGCCUCUGGGGGAGAAGGAUCUUAGUCGGAGGGCGAAAAGGAGCAGUGCACGGGUGUGGGAGACAGCGGGCCCUUGAAGAUGUGAAGGUUAUUGGCAUGUACAGUCGUGCUGGUUGGGAUAUCAUGUGUCUCUCGGAUGGUGGAGGAGGUGAGAAGCUUGAGGAUGGGUUGGGCUGGAGGUUUAGCAGGUCGAAGAUAGAGAUGUUGAAAGGAUCGCUUGAAGAAGGGGGCGGGUUUAGAGACUCGGAUCUAGCUCCGGUUGGAUGCAGGAGAAAGGGCAUAUGCUUCCCAGUUGGCGGGCUACUCCCAUAUUUGGCACUUCGGUCGGUAGCAUAUAUAUGCGUGUUUGGAGACAGCAGCAGGGCUCCGGAUCUGAUACGUGAGGCGUUUGAAAGUCCGCAUUUCAAGAGGUUUGAUGGUGCUGGGACGUACAAGGAGGCCAAAGGGAGAUGUGGAAUGAGGUUUGCGGACGUGGUGAAUGGAGCGUUUGGGCAGAUCAGCGAUAUGGCGGAUAAGGUUGGGAAGGGAGAGCCAGAGGUUUGGUGUAUUUGGAAGAAGAGAGGAGAGGUGGAGAUGCUUCUGAAGGUUAAGGAGUACAGGAAAGGCUAUGGAUCAGGGAAAAGAAGGAGGAGAUAG